AUGCCUACGGAUUCAUCUUUCCCAGAUGUAGACAUACCCAACGUCGACCUCUGGGGGUUGAUGUUCGAACGCGCCAGGGACUUUCCUGACUCGCGAGUGAUAUACCGCGCGGUAGACUCCUCGCGACAUUACACGUGGGCUGACGUGAAGGAAGCUGCUUCAGCCUUCGGCGCGGGCCUUCGCAACCUGUGGGAUUGGCAGAAGGGCGACGUGCUCAACAUCUACGCACCCAAUGACAUCGACUUCAGCCCCAUUGUGUACGGCGUCUUCUUUGCCGGAGGUAUCGUGUCGCCAGCAAACCCGGCGUACUCGGCAGACGAGCUAGCCUUCCAGUUGAACAAUUCCGGCUCAAAAGCCAUUGUGACGACGACGGAUUUCUUGGCGACGGCAUUGAAGGCGGCGAAGAAAUCGAACAUCCCCGAAGACCGCGUCAUCCUGCUGGGCAGCAAACGGGAUCCGAGUCACAGGGUCAAGCACUGGAGCAACAUUCGCAAGACAUCUGGCGCAAGUCGGUACAGGCGGCGGAAGAUGGAUCCUGACAGAGAUCUGGCUUUCUUGGUGUACAGCUCAGGCACCACGGGCCUCCCGAAGGGUGUCAUGCUAAGUCACCGCAACAUCAUCGCCGACUUGCUGCUUAUCAACGGAGCCGUGGGCAGAUGGUAUGAAGGAGGCCAAGACAAGAUCCUCGGCGUUCUGCCUUUCUACCACAUCUACGGGCUUACUGGGCUCGUUCAGCAACCCUUGCAUCGCGGCAUUGAGCUUGUAGUCAUGCCGGCUUUUAACCUCGAGGUAUUCCUGAAGGCGAUCCAGGAGCACAAGAUCACGUUCAUCUAUGUGGCACCGCCUGUGAUCGUGCGGUUGGCCAGAGAUCCGGCGGUCGACAAGUACGACCUUAGCAGCGUCAAAAUGAUCACGAGUGGAGCGGCUCCUUUGACCAAAGAACUGGUCGACGCCGUUCACAGACGGCUAAAGAUCAAGAUAAACCAGGCAUAUGGGCUGAGCGAGACAAGCCCAAUGACACAUACGCAACCUUGGGACGAGUGGUACUCCUCAGUGGGAAGCGUUGGUAAAAUGUUUCCCAAUAUGAAAGCGAAGUAUAUGUCCCCGGACGGUACAGAACUCGGGCCUGGUGAGGUGGGAGAGUUGUGGUUGUCUGGGCCGAACAUCUUCAAGGGAUAUUGGAAGAACGAAGAAGCGACCAGAGAGGCGAUCACACCUGACGGCUUCUUCAAGACUGGGGAUGUGGGCUUCCAGGACAAGGACCACAACUUCUACAUCACGGACCGAGUCAAGGAGCUGAUCAAGUACAAGGGCUUCCAGGUUGCUCCCGCCGAGCUGGAGGGUAAACUGAUGGAUCACCCUGCGGUCAACGACGUCGCUGUCAUUGGUGUGAAUGAUGACGAGCAACAUACGGAGGUGCCCAGGGCUUAUGUGGUGGCUAGCGAUAAGAGCAAGACGAGUGAGAAGGACGCGGAUGAGAUUGUGCAGUGGCUGACGGGCAAAGUGGCCAACCACAAGAGACUCCGAGGGGGCGUGAGAUUUGUGGACGAGAUUCCGAAGAGUGCUGCGGGUAAGAUCCUUCGCAGGUUGUUGAAGGAGAAGGCAAAGGAGGAAAAUGCCGCCAAGAACGUGAAAGCGAAACUAUAG